UCUUAUUUUUUCCACAAGCUCCCCAGGAAUUCUUGUGAAUUCUUGAAUGCAUGCCCAGAGAGACAGGGUUUCUCUCCUUUACAGAAACAAUGGGGAAUCACAUUGAUGAGUGUUGCUGUAAUGACAGUAAUGACAGCUUCGGUGGCUGUUAUUUUUCUGUACCACAGGAACACUCCAAUAGUUAAAGCCAACAAUUCAGAGCUCAACUUCCUGCUCCUGCUGUCACUGAAACUCUGUUUCUUGUGCUUCCUGGUUUUUGUUGGCCAGCCCUGACUAUGGUCAUGAGGAAUCAGUUUUGUAUUGUGCAUCUUGUGUAUUUUGGUCAAAACCAUUAUGGUUAUGGUUGCAUUUCACUGAGCUAGACCUGGAUCCUCUGGUCUUAUUAAUUGUUUUGGACCCGGUCAGCAGAGAGGAAGUGUUCUUCUCUUUACCAGUGUUCAGGUGGUUAUCUGUGCCAUGUGACUCUCCAUCAGUCCACAUUCUCCACACCGUAACUUUGGAAUCCGCGGGUCAAAGGUCAUCCUUGAUUGCAUAGUUGGGUCAGUUGUGGGAUUUGCCUGUGUACUAGGCUACAUUGGCUUUCUGGCUGCUGUCUGUUGUUUGCUGGCCUUCUUUGCACAUAAACUUCCAGAUAAUUUUAAUGAGGCAAAAUUUAUUAAUUUUAGUAUCCUGAUCUUUCGUGCUGUGUGGAUUGCAUUUGUGCCAGCUUAUGUCAGCUCACCAGAGUACAGUGUAGCUGUGGAGAUUGUUGCCAUUCUGUCCUCUUGUUUUGGACUGCAUCUUAGUAUGGACCAAAACUCAUCUGGACACAUUUUGCACUCAAUAGCAUAUGUGAAUAAACAAAAGAGAGAGGAUGUGAAUUUAAGAGGAAAUUACUUUCAAAUAUAUUUAAAGUUUGGAAUAGUAUUUGUUAUUUUUGCCAAUAGUAAUUUCCUCAUCUGUUGUAUUAGAAAUCUUUCCAUCUGCACAUGGCAGGCAUUGAAAACAGCAAACAGGAAGGCCCUUCCUCAUGGCUCGUCUGGUGCCUGGGGGACAGCUCUAACUAAACACAGAUCGUGGGGGCUAAAAUGA